AGGACUCAAAUUCGACCCUUAUCCACUUUCCUUGCCUUCCUUUUCCAAAUCAAAUCCCACUGUCAUUCUUGGCAUGGAACAAUGGUCUCCACUUCAUUUGUUUCUCUCUCAACCCCUUCACUUUCUCCUCGCCCACCCCAUUUCCCCCCUCCAAAAAUCCCCACUCUUCUUUUCCUCACUGUCACAGCGCCUGGUCCUCUCUCCAGAGCCUCCAAAAAACCAUUGAAGAGCACCGGAGCUUUUCAUGUCAAACUUUCAGCAAUUGCAGAAGCAAACCAACCCGGUUCUCUCAAGGAAGAUUCUCUUCCACUCCUUCAACAAGUUGCUGAUUGCUUGGUUCUUCCUCCUGAUUACUUCUCCCAACUCCCGGGCGAUCUUCGAAUCGAUCUUAACGAUGCGGCUUUUGAUCUGUCUAAUGGACCUGUGCUUGAUGAAUGCGGGCAAGAGCUUGGAGAGAUGCUUUUGAAUCUCUCUAGAGCAUGGGAAUUGGCUGAUGCUCAAACUUCUUGUAGCAUAGCAAGUAAGCUUCCCUCUUUGCAUGAUUCACUGACUGAUAAUGCAAAGUCAGCACUUGGAAAACGAUUCUUAGCUGCUGGAAGGAGGUUUGAGACCAUGGGACAGUAUGGUCAAGGCGAGCUACAAAAGAUAGCCAAGGCCAUGGCGAAAGCUGGAAAGGCUCUCACAGCUGGACCAGUUCUCACAACAAAUGAGACCCCCACAAAAGAAAGCAGGAUGUUCAAAUUUGGGGAACUGCAAGUCGCGUUGACUCCUGAGAAGGCAAAUAUUGGAGCUGCAAUUGGUUUUGUUUUUGGAAUUAUUUCGUGGGAACUGAGCCAAGGUAUCUCGAGCAUACCAGAGAGUUCACUGCAAUAUGCAAAUGAUAAUGCUUUGCUACUAGCCAAGUCUCUGCGGGGAGCAUUGCUUGCCCUUGGCUAUUCAUGUACUGCCUUGUCUGCAUUUUCCGCGAUCGGCCUCCUCCUUCUUGCUAGACAACUGAGCUCUGGGAACAAGUCUUAGUUGAUUGUGUACAUGACAAAUCUUAUGAAAAAGUUGAAGAAUUGCAUUAUUGAUUGUCUAUGAAAGUUCGUUUCUAUGGCUUGGUGGUUC